AUGGAUGAACCUACUCCAGACAUUCCCAUCCUGGAGGCGACACCAGAGCAGCUGUUCGUGAGGCUCAAAGAGCUCCACGCUCUCGCAAAGGCCGCCCAGGCGGAAGGACCCAAAGGGCCGGCAAGACGCGUCUGGGAUGUGCUGGAAGUCAGGGAGAAGAUCAUCGGGAUGGUGGACAGGAGGACUCAGGGGAGGAUGAUGAGGCUACACAAGGGAGCGACAGCUUCAGUCGCUUCCAAGCUGUAUCGGGAGGUCCAUGUGAAUGUGUUGCGGAAUAUGAGCCGAGCUAUCCCGCGACGCGCCGUUUGCUGCAACGCUGUCCUCGCGGUUGACACCAGCCCUCGGCCAGAUGUCACUGACCCCUUCGGGAUAUGGGCCGCAAUUGAACGGCACAAGCCUGGACCGCGGUCGUUCGACCUCGAAAGGCUGAAGCAAGACCUCGAGAUCUGGCGCAGGAAAGCGCCUCGUCUACAGCGGGUGCUCCAUCUAUAUCCACCGGGAAACAAGGAUGACGCCUGGAUCGCGUACAUCAUCGGCGACCGGAUCGAGAUCGACCUGCAAACGGUCUUUGCACCCACAUUCCAAAUGAUCGGAUUCGUUCCACCCGCCUUUCCUCCCACCCCGGUCAUAAGCGGAGCCAUCAUCCGGCGGCAUACCAUCGUGCUUCGUCCAUAUCUCGAGGUCGCAGGGUCGCGUUACGACGAGGGCGACCUGCCGUUGUGCUCAUCGUACCUUUUUGACAAUCCCAACCUUGACGUCCGCGUUGACAGCAUCGACCUGUACCGUGCGUUGGCAAUGAACCCAAUAUUCCUUACAAUCAUCCUCUUCCUCCAUAAGCGGCGCUCCAUCGCACCGACCGCGGGGGUCACGGUCUCAGACGUAACCGGAAACACUCUGCCCAACUUUCGCUUGUUUGCGGACUUCCUCGGCCGCAGCCUCCGCGUCCUCCAAGUCCCAGUCGACAUAUUCGUUCCCUUUCCGGACGUACAAACGGGGAUCUCCAUCUUGGAUGCGGCCCUGCCCUCCCUCGACGUAUUCACCAUCGACUACGGGGAGCUUACAACCCUUCAGUCUCGCUUGAGCGGCCCGCCGCUGUCCGGCAUGCGAGGUCUGCGCAGCCUUAACAUCCUACACUCUAGCGGGCAGGCGCUGCCCGAGUUUGCCGAAUUUAUCUGCCGUUUGGGAGGAGAUGACUGUGUGUAUCACUUUGGCGGGAUCAGAUCAAAGAAGGGAAAGCGCGACUUCCACGCACUUGUGAAGCAGCAGAGGAGAAAGGCCUUGAAGUGGUAA